CAACAACAGUGAAUCUCAACAAGUAAGCAUCAUAACUCUAACGUCUACCGUGAGGCUCUACUCUAGAGUUCUAACUACCAUUAGGGAACAACUCUACCCAGCCACAGCAGUUCCCAGGGGAGACCGAAAGAGCACAAUAGAGGUCGAGACUCAAACUCAUAUAUAGGAGUCUACCCACACAGUCCAUCCCAUAUUCCACGUUCUCAUACAAGUGUAAACUUGCUUGCUGCUACGAAUCCCCAAGCAAUUAAAGGCAAUGACCUGGGCUCGUCAUCUGACAAGGAUGUCGUGCUUAAAUGUGUCCAAAAAAGCACUGGGCAUCUCGAAAAUAUGUCGAUGUCUACCCGAACAGAGAGUAAAAGGAGAACCAAGGAAUGGUUUGACAGGCAACCAAGACCAGUCGCGUUUCCCCAAAUUAUCGACUUAUCAAAUCGACAACUCGAGUCGAAAAAGAAUAUUUGCUCAACUGACGGCGUUGAGCUAAACUGGCGGUUCAACUCUGCCUCAAGCUUCUUGGAGGCCAUACCAAGCCAUCUAUUCAGCAAGACUUCAGGUGUGUCUAUCUUGAAUAAGAUUCAAGAGGAGGCCGAUGCGUCAAGUAAUCCAAUUGAACAAGAUGACAAGGUGAAACAGGAGCAUCAAUUGCCUUGUCGAGGAGGACUACAAGUGAUUAGACACCACGCAGCUCAAUGCCAAAGUGGAAGUCCUGCGGAAACUAGUACGACCUCCUCCCAACCAAGUCAGAAUUUACUCGGAUUGUCUCAGACUCGGGGGAAUCGAUAUUCUGGGAGUAGAAAAAGGAAAACGGGAGGAGGAAACUCCGGAAACGAUCCAGGAGACGAUAGCGAUGACGAUAGCGAUGAUGAAGAUCCUCGACGACCAAGACCAAGUAGUGGUAAGGGCAAAGCUACAGAUACACCUUUCCUAGCAUGCCCCUAUUUCAAGCACGACCCAAGGAAGUACGUCGGUAGAGAGUGGAGAAGCUGCUGUGGACCUGGUUGGGAUUCUGUUCAUCGGAUGAAAGAACAUUUGUACAAGCAUCACCGUCAACCAAAGUUUAGAUGUAAAAGAUGUGGAGAAAAUUUCAAGAGGGAGAGUUAUCUGGACAAUCACAUGAGAGAGGCUGAAGUUUGCAUACUUCAAGACCUGAAGCCGCUUGAUGGAUUCGACUCAAAACAGGAAGCCAAGCUCAGAUCCAGAAAAAAGCCAAAGCCACCAAUAAAAUUAUCUGAGUCUGAUAAGUGGAGACAAACUUAUAAGAUUCUAUUUCCACUUGUGCCCGAUGCCGAAAUCCCUUCUCCAUUCUAUGAGUAUACGGGAUGUCUCCCUAAUAGCAUAAACGACUAUAAGGAGUUUGUUCAACGGGAAAUACUUGGUCGUCUUCGAGAUAGACUGGAACAUGAUUUUGAAACUCUUUUCAACAUUGUUGAUAAUAGUUCCAAGCAGAAGGCACUCGAAUGGUAUUUGAGUACUCACCUCGAACUCAUACAAUCCUACCAAGACAUCUCUCAGUCGGGAUCUUCACUACCAAGCACAUUUACCAAUCCUAGCUCUCCUACAAUGGUUACGACAGACCUUCCAACACCGCAAUUUUUGGGUGAUGUGGUUCAACAGCACCCAAACACGCAGCUCGCCUUUUCCAGCUCUUCAAUGGCUACCGAUAACGACGUACUAUUCAAAGACUCGGAUUUUUUGGAAUUAACAGACAUGAACUCAUAUGAUCCCUGUGAAUUUACGAUAGAAGAAUCCCAUGAAAAAGGAGCAACACGACAUAAUGACUCGGCAUACGAAUCUAUGAGUGCCAAACAGAGCAUUCGGCAUCUACCUGGGUAAUUAGGGCGUCAUGGUUAUAUGAUGAGUGCUGGAUGCACGGUUAUGUUGCUGGAAAUUCGGCAAGAGGAUACGUCGGUAGGCAUGGUGAAGGUCCGGUGAAAGCAGUCUGGAUCAGGUAAAUUGACAUGUAGUAAUGUGGGGUAGGAUUGAACCGACAUCAACAUUAAUAUACGAAUGGGCUAAAUGUGUUUAGCCCAGGCAUUAUGAACAGGAUAAAUGAUGCAGAUUGAUGCGAGAUGUAUUGAUAUUCUAAAUCGGGGUACAUAGAAUCACCUCCUUAAAACGACAAUAGUAAUUGAGACUGGUAGUCCCCUCAGU